UUGAAAAAAAAAUUCUGUUGACAUUAUAAUAAAUUUUGCUCCUAUAUUUAUUGCUUUUAAUUAAUUUUUUUUGUUUAUUUAUUUUUAUUUGACAAAGGAUUAAAAAAGACGUUUUUCUGAAUAUUGGACAUUUUUGUUUGUUUGUAUUAAUAUUUUUACGUCGAAAAAAUAUUGAAGGAGAUUUUUUCGAAAAAUUUUAUUUGUUUACAAAAUCAGUUCAGUGUUGUAAGUGUCGAAUGUGAAAAAAAAUUGACAGGGAUAUUUAAAGAGAUACUCGAAGUAUUUAUAAUAGACAAAAAAACGGGAUGACAGUUUGACAUUGGCAUUUCGCUUGAGAUGGGAAACCUCGCCAAGGAUUGUGAUAAAAAGAAAAAGUAAACGAUUGUUAUGUGGAAAACGGUAAAAAGGAAAGGACGUAAAUUGAUGUUACGAUGUGUCCCAGUGAACCAUUGCGGUGGCCCUUUGGAUAGUUUUACCAUUAAAGAAUUUACCAAGAACUGAGAAAUUUUAAACGUUUCGAGUGAAUAAUAAUAAUAAUUUAGAGAGAAAAAAAAAGAAGUGUGUGUUGUUUUCGUUUUGUCAUGUCAUCGAGUGGUGAAUUCUCAACGCUCUCGAGCGGCGACGCUACCGGAACUGGCGAAGAUUCCUUGCCAAGUUCACGUGAGGCAACGGCAGACGUUGCGAGUUCUGGCGUUGGUUUUAUGCCACUACGUGAAUUCCUGGACAGAUUUUCCCUGCCGCGAGUCGUGCGAGUCGAAGGCGGCGGUGGCAGGCCUAUUUUGCUCUAUAAACAACAGCAAAGGUCACUCAGGGUCACUGCAACAUUGCUGAUGCACCGUUACAGGCACGACAUUAAAGUUGGACCCGAAAUCGUUAUUCCCGAGGGAUAUCCUGGAUGGUUCUCGAUAGUGUCGAGUAACAAUGGAACAGGAAGUGCGCGUGUCUAUCGAAGAGUAGGUGCUCUGGUCAAGGCUGGAGUUCCGGCUUUUUUGCUCACCAAACCAUUGCGAGCCUAUACAUUGACACAUUCAAAAAUGGAAAACGGUAAUCUGAGAGCUCAUUACACGAAGACGACGGUCAGGGCCGGUGAAGUUCUACGCCUCACUGCCGUUUUUCAAGACACGCGACGAGCCCCCACAACAUCGGGUAUUUCCGGUGUUUCAACUGGAAUUGCGGAAGGCAAGAGUUCAAGGUCAUCGGAAAGAGAUCAGUACGCCCAAUGUUUGGAUUCACAUGGGCACGAGCUCUUUGCUCCACUCACAACGAGAGGGGAAUUCUAUGCCACCUGUCAAAGCGGAACACUCGACACUGGAAGUGACGCGGUUCUUUACAGGGUUCAUCAACUCGCAAGGAGGGAUCUUCCCCUUAGGGUUCGUCUGGUGGCAGGUCCACUUCCGAUACCUCUUCCCAGGGACUACAGCGGUCUGAUGCAGCUGGAAACUGCGAAUAGAGGACCAAUAGUCCUCGGCUGUGCCGUACCCCUGGUGCCGGAGAGACCCCUUCCCCACACUGCUAUCCCGGAGCUUUUGGAAUUGGUCGUCACUGGACCCACGGCUCCACGAGUCAAAAGAGCUCGUUUGGGAUGUCCCUCUGAAUCGCGUCUGUUAUCCUCGCCCAAAAUGCAAAGACUACUCUCGGCAUGCAGAAGAGCACUAGAUCAAAGAGCAACCGAACCAAGAGUCGCGACACCCCAAGCCUCCUGCGGCCAACAACUCAAGGAACUUCAUCUCAAGGAAAUAAAAUCAAAACCCGAAACAAAACCCCUCUUACAAAGUCUCCGCGAAAGUUUAGAGCACAUCAAAAAAUCAACAAUUCGCGAUCGUAAUCGUCCCACCACAAAUCACACCACCGGUUUCCUCGAGAAAAUCACAAGAAUCGCUCACAGCGGUAAAAAUCGUAAUCCAGCAAAAAAAUCCGCCUCCUUUACAUUCGCCGUACGUCCCGAAAUUGCCAUGCGAUGUCCCGAAAGAUACGCCAGUCUCGAAUCGGAAGCAAAUUCCCUAAUUCCAAUCACCAACAAUGGUUCAUCAUCCUCAUCCUCCUCCUCAUCAAAGAAUCAUCAUCAUCAUCAUCAUCAUAAUCAUCAUCAUCAGGUGCAAAGGUCAGUGUCCACCAGCGUCCUUGAGGUGCAUGCCUCAUGCCUCCAAUCGUCCGAUCUGGAUCCGCCUUAUUCCAAGGUCAGAGAUAGUCUCACCCCACAGCCACGAACACCACAGCCAACAACAGCCGCAACAACACAAACAACAAAACCAGAGGCGAUCUAUGCCGAGAUCUGUGAGGAUUCACGCUACUUGAAAAACGCCAAGGAAAAGGAUCGUGGUUACGCUUCACAUUCCGAAAUAUCUGACCUCUCCGGUAGCCUUGACGAUGAGGAAGGAAUUUACAACACUGUGUGUUAAAAAAAAAAAAUCAUCACCAAAAAAAAAGAUUUGGCACAAUUUUUUUUAUUAGAUUUGUGUAAAAGAUUUUCCAGAGACUGAAAUUCCAGAGAAGGUGUGUGGUUCCCUUUUGCGCCGCCACCUGUUUAUAUAAGGUCCCCCCUCUCCCCCUUCGUCGAGGGGGGAGGGAGACUUCUUGGUAUGCAGGAAGGGCACCGGGCGUCCUUUGGGGUGUGUUUCUAUGGGGUCAAGGUUAGACCUCCUCGGUUUACAAAGAGUGCAAAAGGGGACUUGAAUAUAAACUUGUUUGAAUGUCGAGUGGGGGGAGGAAGGGGGAUUAAUCAUUGAAUUCGUCACGAUCCAAAGGAUUUCUGAGGGCUUUUUGAUCCGCUACUUGCGUGUCAGUUUUGUGCGAGUUGGUUUGCGUGAUGUUUACGGUUGACUCUAAGCGUGUGAUUACUCUCCUGGGAUCAAAUCAUUCUUGGAAAAUAUAUACACACACACGUAUAUAUAGAUACUAGGGGGGGGGCUUCUUUCACGGAAAGAAAAAUACCAUCGAGAAAAUUUCUUUUGCAGAUUGGGAAUAGGGAGAAAAAGGCAAAAAUGUACAUAAUUGUUACUAUAAAUUCGUCUCAUGUAAGAAUAAUAAAAAGAAAUUUACAUAA